CGCCACGGCAAGGAGAGCGGGGCCUUGCACGGCUUCUUGCCCAUCGCCGACGGCAUGCCUGUCGCCCUGACCGAUCAUGCCGACCGAAGCGAGGACAAGAACCUGCUGCGCGGUCGCGUGGGCCGGGUGCAGUCUUGGAUUUGCGACGGGGACGGCGAAAAUGAUGAAGUCACGCGCGGCGGAGAAACCAUGGUGAAGAAGACGCCGAAAGUGAUUCUCGUGUUGUUCGACGUCGGCGAUGACGGGAACGGCGGCAGGAAGCCGUGCAAGUGGACGGUCGAGGGAUUAAGGGUGCCAGGCUUGCACCCCGUGGUUCCUCAGAAGAAGGAGUUGUUCGUGGAGAAGGGUCGUCCGCAUCCGCGACUGAAGAUCAAAAGACGGCAGCCCCCCCUGGCCCCGGCCUUCGGAAUGACGGCCCAUGCGGCGCAGGGGCAGACGUUCAAGCAAGGUGUCAUCUUGGACCUGGGCAUCGGCAGGGGCACGUCGCCUCUGUCGAGCUACGUGGCACUGGCGCGGGUGCAGCGCCGCGAGGGCCCGGAAAUACUGCUGCGCACGCUGCGCGGGGACGACCUGGAGUGGGAGGCAAUUGAGCAGGAGUUCGCGUCAUCUGGGAGGCGCGCAGUCUGCGGGCGCACGAAGCACAAGAACCAGUACCCCGCUGUCGGGCAGUGGAGCCGCGCAGACGGGCUCCGCGCGUGCAGCGCGUGCUUGGAAGAUAAGAAGAGGUGGAAGUGCCAGGAGGCUUGCCGCGCAUCGCAGCACCACUCGUCGAAGUUGACGACGCGGCGCUGCGUGGACUGCCCCGAGAGACGGAGUUGCCGCGAGCGCGAGGUUCGAACGUGCGAAGAGGCGUUCGCGCAGUGUCAGUGUGGCCGUGCAGGGAACAGCCGGCGCAGAGGGGGGAUGUGCAUAGAGCGCGACGAGCUGAGGCGGAAGCUGAAGGGUUCCCGAUGCGGCCAGGAGAAGUAG